AUGGUCUGGAUCCACGGUGGUGGGCUGGUUGUAGGAUUGGCUUCCAUGCUUGAUGGAUCCACACUGGCAGCCACUGAGGAAAUAGUAAUUGUCGCCAUCCAGUAUCACUUGGGUAUCCUUGGCUUCUUCAGCACUGGAGACCAGCAUGCCACAGGCAACUGGGGAUACCUGGACCAAGCGGCUGCCCUUCACUGGGUGCAGAAAAAUAUUGCUUGCUUUGGAGGCAACCAUGUCAGGGUCACUAUAUUUGGUGGCUCAGCAGGAGGUACAAGUGUGUCUUCCCAUGUUGUGUCCCCCAUGUCCAAAGGACUCUUUCAUGGGGCCAUUAUGCAGAGUGGAGUGGCCCUGUUGCCUGACCUCAUCUCUGACAUGUCUGAAGUGGUCUACAAGACAGUAGUCAACCUGUCUGGUUGUGAAGCCAAGGACUCAGAAGCCCUGGUGCACUGCCUGCGAGCAAAGAAUAAAGAAGAGAUCCUGGCUAUUAAGCAGGUUGGGAAAAUUGUGUGUCUUGGAGGACCUGAUGAACAGGGUGUGUUCCAUCAAUCACUUACUACUCAAAUGUGCUAA